UCAGCUCACUUCUCCAUCAUCAAAUCUCUCAUUUUCUUUCUGAAUUAUCUCUCAAAACUUCUCAAAAAUGUCUGGCCGUGGAAAGGGUGGCAAGGGAUUAGGAAAGGGUGGAGCAAAACGUCAUCGCAAGGUGCUUCGUGACAACAUCCAGGGGAUUACCAAGCCUGCUAUUAGGAGGUUGGCGAGAAGAGGUGGAGUGAAGAGAAUCAGUGGGUUGAUUUAUGAAGAGACAAGAGGUGUUCUUAAGAUCUUUUUGGAAAAUGUGAUUCGUGAUUCUGUUACCUACACAGAGCAUGCUAGGAGGAAGACUGUUACUGCUAUGGAUGUUGUUUAUGCUUUGAAGAGACAAGGAAGGACUCUCUAUGGUUUCGGUGGUUAAGACUUUAGAUCUGGGUUAUUGGGUAUUAGUAGUAUUUUAGUUUUGUUGAUGUAAUUGGUUAUGUUUCUGAAUCUAUGAAAUAUCUUAUUUCUGUGUUUCAA